AUGUCUUCUAAUGACAAUAAUGAAAACCCCGGUUUCAUGGGAGGCCUCGGUGAGAUGGUAGGCAAGACUAUCAACGGGGCCACAAGUACAAUGGGCAACGUUGUGAGUGGUCUUGGUGGCACACUCGGUGGUGCGGCUGAAGGAGUAGGUCAGACUGUGACUGGGGCCACUGAAGGUCUUGGGAAAGCAACCAAGGGCCUUGGGCAGUCCGUAAACAAUACUGUUGGUAACUCGAGGGCUCGGAAGGAAGAGAGUGAGCUGGAGGAAUAA